CUGAAAUUUAUUCUGUGUAGGGUGUGAGGUAGGGCUCUUUCAUGUGUUUUGUUUUUUUGUUUCCUGUCAUGAAGGUCAGGUGUCCUGGCCUCUCUAGCCUUUUCCCACUGAUCUGUACGCCACCUCCAUCACACCCAGUGCCCUAUUGGGGUAUGGGUCUGAUUGGGCUCUUUUUUCCUGUUCCGCUGAUCAUAGUCCCCAUUCUUGGACCCUUACCCCAAAGUUUUCAUUAUUGAACUUUAUAGGAAAUUUGAUAUCCAGUAGGGUCAGUUGGGCAAAGGGAAGAUUAUUUGCUUUCUGCUUUGAAGGCAGUUGUCUUUAAACCUCUGUCCAUCACGCACUUCAAACUGCAGUGGUUGCACUUAGGAAAAUGUAUUUGCCGCUCACAUUUCAAGAACUGAUCUGCGGCAUGAAGGGGGCGGCCCUCCCUUUUCUGUGAAACUCUGGGUACUUUUACUUUUGGCUUUCCACACCCCUGCCCCGCCAACUCUCACCUCCGGUUUUUCAGGUUGUGAUGUCUCUGAACCAUGGGGCCACUCUUCCGGUAUUUACACGUGGUGGGUAUUUUGUGACCGGGUUGUGGUACCAAUUUCAUUGGUUAUUGCCAACCCGACCAUAGUGACAGGCCUGAUGGGUUCUGGGGUUUCCUGUUGCCUCACUGGCACUAGAACCCUGGAUUCCAAAAAUAAAUGCACGAGAAACCACCGUGACCUCACAGUCCCUGCUUGCCUGGUGCUCCGAGGGCCACAGGGCUGUCUUCCCCUCUGCGGCCUGGCCCAGCCUGGGCCCUGCUCCCCGCCAGAGCAGCGUGAGGUCCGAGCGGUGUGGACGGGCUCAGAGGCCUCCCCGCCUCAGCACUGCCUCUGUUUCCCCUUCCCGCAGGCCGGCUCCCGCAGGGCCAGGGCAGCCCCGGCCCGGAGGAUGAGCAAGUUCUUGAAGCACUUCACCGUUGUCGGGGAUGACUACCACGCCUGGAACAUCAACUACAAGAAGUGGGAGAAUGAGGAGGACGAGGAGGACGAGGAACAGACGCCACAGGCAACCGCCUCCGGGGAGGAGGGCAGAGCCCCCGACCCAGCGGCAGCCCCCGGCCCAGCGCCCCGGCCCCCACUCGACUUCAGGGCCACAUUGAGGAAGCUCUUCAGCUCGCACAGGUUUCAGGUUAUCAUCAUCUGCUUGGUCAUUCUGGAUGCCCUCCUGGUCCUUGCUGAGCUCAUUCUGGACCUGAAGAUCAUCGAGCUUGAUAAGAAUGACUACGCUGCCAAGGUCUUCCACUACAUGAGCUUUGCCAUCCUGACCUUCUUUAUGAUGGAGAUUUUUUUUAAAUUAUUUGUCUUCCGCAUGGAGUUCUUUCACCACAAGUUUGAAAUCCUGGACGCCAUUGUGGUGGUGGUUUCCUUCAUCCUCGACUUUAUCCUCCUGUUCCAGAAGCACCAGUUUGAGGCUCUUGGCCUGCUGAUUCUGCUUCGGCUGUGGCGGGUGGCCCGGAUCAUCAACGGAAUAAUUAUCUCAGUUAAGACACGUUCAGAACGGCAGCUGCUGAGGUUAAAACAGAUAAAUAUACAGUUGGCCGCCAAGAUCCAACACCUUGAAUUCAGCUGCUCUGAAAAGGAACGAGAAAUUGAAAGACUGAACAAGCUAUUGAGACAGAACGGACUCCUUCCUGAGGUCAACUAGACGUGUGCCUACUCCGUCCCAAAGAGAAGACCCCUGCCUCACGGGUGUGUACCUCUGAUGACAAAGACAGCUGCCCCUCCUGGGGCCAUUUCAGGGAGAGGUUUGGUUUGAUGCUUUUGCCUCACCCCACCCAGCUCGGGUUUGGGGGGCUGGGAGGGAAAGUCUGUGGGAAGGCUUGCUCUGUCUUGGCAUGACCAAGAGCUUCCCAUCCCAUUCUCACCCCGUAUCACAAUGUACCACAAACUAUAUCUUCCCACGUUGAACUCUGGACUGUUGCUUGAAAAUGAACGACAAAGCUGGAAAAGUAUGAAGUUGUAUAUAAAAUUUAAUCUCAUCAAAUAUACUUUUUCACAUUUCACAUGUAUGAGGAACCAAGGCAUCCUUUCAUAUGAGCAUUCUGAAAGACAAAAGAGGAAAGGAAGCUACCUUAGCUACCAGCCCAUUCUAGAAAAGUCUUACCAUCUUAAGCUGUUCUAAGCAGCUCCUCUCCGUGCAGAUUCCGCCAGAGAGCUGUUCUCUGGUACCCAGCCCCCUCCUCUGCAGCCUCCAUCUUCUAACUGGCUCCACCUUGUUCUACCUCCUGACAACAUUUUUCUCAAUUACUGUACAAUUAACAUAUAAAAGAAACUCCUUCCCUUGGGCCCUCCUACUCUAUCCUUUCCAGCAUCCACUGCUUGGAACUGCUCUGUGGCAUCCCGUGCAGCUCACCACAUGGAGAGCUCCGGUGCCUGCCACUGAAACAGCAAUUAGACCCAAGACUCCACAGAAUGAAGACACUGGGGGGAAGAUCCCCUCAUGAGGCCGAGUCCGCUACUUGCAUGAUUUUAUAUACAAUAUUUUGCUAUUUUUGUACUCAUUUCCGUGGGACCUGA